ACUUCACUUAAGCUUUAAAUUAACGUCCUUUACAGUCUUCUUGUUUUCAAAUUAUUUGCGAGACCUAUUUGUUUUUCCCCUUUAAGUGUUUCUCUCCUUAGCUUGUAGUUAGAGAGAGAGAGAGAAAAAGAGCAAUGGGGAAGCUGUCAGGGCUAAGACACCUCUUCAUGACACUCUUCCUCCACAACUUUGCCUCCUUCAUGGUGAUUCCGGCCAUCACCGACGUUACAAUGGCCGCGCUUUGCCCCGGAAGAGAUGAAUGCUCUCUCGCCAUUUACAUCUCCGGAUUCCAACAAGCGAUCAUUGGGCUUGGAUCCUUUGUGAUGAUGCCUUUGGUUGGUAAUCUCUCUGAUAAGUACGGAAGGAAGGCUUUGCUUACAGUACCCAUCACUCUCACCAUAUUUCCAUUAGCAAUACUGGCUUACAGCAGAACCAGGAGCUUCUUUUAUGCCUACUAUAUCCUCAAGAUUCUCACUGCCAUGUUUUGCGAAGGAAGUGUCCAUUGUCUCUCUCUUGCUUAUGUGGCAGACAAUGUUCCGGAAGGGCGACGAGCUUCAGCUUUUGGGAUUCUGUCUGGUAUUGGGUCUUGUGCAUUUGUCUGCGGAACUCUGUCUACUCGCUUUCUCUCGACUGCCUCCACUUUCCAGGUUUCGACAGCAAUGGCGAUGCUUUCAGCGAUUUACAUGAGGGUUUUCCUCCCGGAUUCGAUCAUAAAUGAUAACCUUUCAACCCCAAUUAUCUCCGAAGGAAAAUCUGAUGGUGUUGCUAAUCAAAACAAGGAACCGGACAAGAAAAUGCAGGUGUUCAAAACCAUGCCUUCCAUGGAGGAUAUGCUUGCCUUGUUGAAGAGCAGCUUGACAUUUUCACAAGCGGCAAUUGUUUCAUUUUUCAGCAAUCUUGCGGAUGUUGGCCUCCAUGCUUCAUUACUGUACUAUUUAAAGGCCAGGUUUCACUUCAACAAAGAUCAGUUUGCUGAUUUAAUGGUUAUAACUGGAGUUGCAGGGACCAUAUCCCAGCUGCUUCUCAUGCCCAUACUAGCUCCUGCUCUCGGAGAGGAGAGAUUGUUGUCCGUAGGCCUAUUUUUUAGCUCUGCACAUAUGAUCUUCUAUAGCAUUGCAUGGUCCUUCUGGGUACCUUAUGCAGCAGCCAUGUUUUCCUUAUUCUAUGUUUUUUCACAACCAUGUAUAAGGAGCAUCGUGUCUAAACAAGUUGGGCCCUGUGAGCAGGGGAAGGCUCAAGGGAUUAUUUCAGGCAUAGGUUCCUUUGCCAAUGUUGCUUCCCCCUUGGCUUUCUCUCCUCUAACAGCUUUGUUCCUGUCCGAAAGAGCGCCAUUUUAUUUCCCCGGUUUCAGUAUUAUGUGCGUCGGGUUUGCCUCGAUGAUAGCUUUUGUCCAGAGUCUCAUGAUAAGGGCCAUCCCUCCAAUUUCAAGUCAAAGAGUUGGCAACUGCAACUACAUGGAAACAGCCUAAGCAAGGAAUGUGUGUUCCAAACCCUGAACCCAUUCCUCACUGGAAGUUGGAAUGGUCCUUUAUCAAACCAUUUGACUUCUGGUAUAUAUCAUAGAUAUAGAGCUUAGAGGCUACUCGAAGGGUGGUGCUGCUACCUCGUCCUAGAAGCAACACAUUAAUGAUUUUUUCCUUUGUAUGUUUUUUUGGGAGUGGCUCAUUAUGUUUUAUUUAUUUCAUUAGAACUGGGAAUAUCCCUUCAACUAUGUAUCAUUAGGAGUCAGUUUAAAUUAAAAAGAAAAUUUAGAUGGCAAAGCAGAAUUAAAAUAAAUCAUCUGUUGGGUAACCAGAGCUAAGAUGUUGAAGGGUAAAACUGAAAUCCGAUUACAAGCAAAUAUGAGACAAAUUUAAAGUACAAGAUACGAAGAUACAAAAGCAUCAUAGAUGAUUUUUCAAUAUCACCUCAUCCAUCCCCAAUACUCGAAACU